GCUAGCAGACGGAAGGCUAGUGCUGUACACAAACAACUCCAGAGGUUUUCAAGAGGGAAUAAUUCAUAUUUCAUUCACUACAGGGAUGCAAUACUGCAAAAGUAGAAGCUGAAAGAGGGAAAAACUCUCUCAGCCAAAGACGGUUCUUGCAGCCAUGGCUUCUGAACUCCAUGAAGCGAUUUUUAUGGCCAAGCGAGAGCGACACAAGAAUCUUUUCCUGAACUACAGAAACCUCAACAUUUUCCCUGUGGAGCUCCUCAGAGAUGAAGGGAUGCAGUUCCUGGAGCGUCUCUUCAUGAAGAGAAACUCCCUCACAACACUUCCAGAGAACCUGGCUCAGAAACUUCCCAACUUGAUAGAAUUGUACCUGCACUCAAACAAUAUUGUGAUAAUUCCUCAAGCAAUUGGCAAUCUAGCGAAGCUGCAGUCACUGGACCUGAGUGACAACGCUCUUCAGGUCAUCUGUCCAGAGAUCGGUCAACUGCGCUCAUUACGACAUCUGCGAUUGGCCAACAAUCAACUGAAAUUCCUCCCGCAAGAACUGGGAGAUCUCCGAGAGCUGGAGACUCUCGAUGUGUCCGUGAACCUCCUGAGGACUCUUCCAGAGCGUCUGCACCAGUGUCUGUCCCUGCAGUGCCUGACAGCAGACCGCAACCUGCUGCACUGCCUUCCUCGCCUGCUCUGUCUGCUGCCCGACCUCAGUGAGCUCUCCAUGGCUGCCAACUGCCUGACAUCACUGCCCCUGGAUCUGGGGCGCUGCAUGGAGCUGCAGUUUGUCUUUGUGGACAACAACGCUCAUCUGAAGGGACUUCCAUCGUAUCUUUAUAACAAAGUCAUCGGCUGCAGUGGAUGUGGUCUAGCUGCGCAGAUCUCUGACUUGAAGCAGCUCUGUCUGACGCUGGGAGAUGUGACUGUUCCUCUGCCCUCUGAAGUGAAGGCCAUCGGCUCCGAGACUGACCGCGUGUUGCCUCUGGAGGAGCUGGCGUGCAGAGUCCUACAUGCGGCCCACAGCUGGACCAGUAAGGAUGUGAGGUUCCUGACGCCGUUCCUGUUGCCUAAGAGUCUGCUGGAUGUGGUCCGGUCGCCUCUGGGUCACUGUCACCGCUGUAGUCAGCCCAUGUUCACCAUCGUCUACCCUAAACUGUUUCCUCUCAGAGAGACCGCACUCGCAGGAGUGCACAAGAGAACCACUGUGAGUUUUGUAGCGUACUGCUGCUCUAGCUAUUGUCUGAGGACGUUUGACCUGCAGGGCUGACGUCUCACAUCUGCUCAUGGUGCUUUCAUCUUCACGAAGGACUUGAAGAAUAUCACCAGAGAUCACCUGAGCUUCUGAGACAUUUGACAGAAGAUCUUGAUAACAGCCAUUACAGUAUGUCCUCCUUCUGUGUGUAGCAGCAUCUAACAAAAGCAGCAGUUGGUUAAUACUGAUUACAUUUCACAAAUGAAUGUAGAAAGAAAUGAAACAAAGUGUAUCAGUGGCCCAUACAAACUGUGAAGUGUUUGUUUGUGUUGGGAUUGUUACGGUGUACUGUAACCAAAAAGGUUCAGGCUUUAAUCGGUGGAGGUUUCUUGAGAAACUUAACAUUUAUUCUGUGUUUUAAAGACUACCAUUUUUAUAUACUUAAAACUGACGAGUUUUAGGUGAGAUCUGGAUGUUUUUGUUUCCAUUUGAAAGGAACUUUACUGAAAUGUCAUGUUGCUUCAGAUUCAUAUCUCAUUACUGUUUUUAACCGUGACACAAUACUUAACUUUAAAAGUGGCUUUUUAAAGAUAAAUGUGUUUAAUUUCAAUCUGAGGCUCAAGUGUUUGUAUGCUGUUGGAAGUGACCGGCACUCAGCUCUUUUCAAAGAAAAUCAUGUGUGAAGUUUUGGAAAAUAAAGUGUUAUUUUUCAAAAAAUAAUGUUAUAAAGUGCCAAUUGACUUUUAUGAAAAACAUGCAGUUGAUUGUAUUGAAGGCAGCUUCAAGUUUUUUUUUCUAUUUUUGUGUGAGAUAAUGUUUUCAAAAGACUAAGACACAUGAAUUGUGGAGAUUUGCUGGUACUACACUACAUCUGUCAGUCAGUGUGCAUCUCUCAGUUUUGCUGCAGUAAACCAUCGCUGUUCAGCUUUCAGUAUUUAGAAUAUUCUCUGUCUCUUUAAUUAGAUGUGAGCAAGAGGAUGACGUUCUUAAAGGGACAGUUUACCUCAC